AUGGCAAGUAUGGUCGAAGACGAUUUCGUGCUUGUCUGUCACGACGAUGCCAUAUGCCGUUCUGCCGACACCUCACCCAAGUACAUAGGGGAGAUUGAUGGUUUCAUCGACAAAGCCUCCGACGACCUAUGGGAUGUCAACAAACAGAUACAUGACAAUCCGGAACUCGGCUACGAGGAGCAUAAGGCUCACGCACUUUUGACAAGUUUCAUGAAGUCUAGGAAUGGCUGGAAGGUCACGACUUCAGCCUAUGGCAUGGAGACUGCAUGGGUUGCGGUUUACGACAGUGGAAAGAAAGGUCCCGUGGUAUCAUUCAAUGUUGAAAUGGAUGCUCUCCCUGGCAUUGGCCACGCAUGUGGCCACAACCUCAUCGCGACCGCCUCACUAGCCAGCGGCCUCGCGACCGCCGAGAUAAUGAGACGCCAUAACCUCAAAGGCAAAGUCGUCCUCUUCGGUACGCCAGCAGAAGAAGGCGGCGGCGGCAAGAUCCGCCUCCUUAAAGCAGGAGCCUACGAGGACUAUGCUGUUGACGUCUCUCUGAUCUCGCACCCAGGUAUCCUGCACAACAGUGCACUCGUACGAACUUCCGCUUAUGCCCGGUUCAAAGCCGAGUACUUUGGACGCCAGGCACACGCAGCCAACAGCCCUUGGCUAGGAAUAAAUGCGCUUGAUGCCCUGGUGAUGGCGUAUAACGGACUUUCGGUGCUUCGCCAGCAAACGAUGCCGGGCGACAUUAUCCAAGGUCAUAUUACCGACGGCGGGAUGACGCCGAACAUCAUCCAUGCGUACGCGGCUGGGACUUUUGUGGUGCGUGCAAACACUGCUUCUCAACUUCAAGAGCUUCAACGAAAAGUCAACGCCUGUUUUUGUGCUGGAGCGGAAGCGACGGGAGCCAGGUUAGAGAUAACUCCAGUGCAGAUGUAUGCUGAUCAUGUCCCAAACCGAGUGCUAGGCGCAUCAUAUGUCCAGUAUUGGAAUUGCUUGAAUCCGCCGAGUCUGAUCCCGACAAACCCAGAAAUUGGUGAGAUUCAAGAAAGUGCGAGUACGGACCAGGGCGAUGUCAGCCGCGCCAUACCAAGCUUAAGCGUGAGUUUUGCAAUCCCACCUGGGCCAGAGGGGAAUGGGCCGCAUAGUCCGGACUUCGAGAUAGCGGCCGGGACGAGGGAGGCUUUUCGGAGGUGUUUGAGGACAGGGAAAGCACUGGCUGGAAUAGCGGUGGACGUGCUCACGACGCAAGGUUUGCUGAGUGAGGUUAAAGAACAGUGGAAGAGGGAUAUGGCGGCUUCGAAUUGA